UUGGUAAGCGCAUAACUCAACAACGCCUCGACCAAUUUGGCCAAAUCUUUUUUUUAAAUGUUCGUUGAAGUUCAAGGAUGGUUUUUACGGCGAGAAAAAUUAGAAUUAUUGCUGGAAAAACCCUAAAAAUAGCCCUUUUCUUUUUCCCAUACAAAUGAUUUGUAACUAAAACGUAGUCAAUUUGAGCUUUAUUGCUAUGGUAUAAAGUUCAUAUUAAAUUACAAGCACUCACUGUUGUCUAAGCAAUGUAGGCUUUUUGACAGGACGAAGUCUGUCGGGUCAGCUAGUUUAUUAUAAAUUAAAAUCUUAGAUGGACCUAUUCUUACCUUAUUGAUAUCUACGUGAUACGUUUUUAUAGUGUGAUACGAUGUAGUAGGCAAACAACAUAAGUGUAUAUUUUGUUACAGAAAUGCUCGGACAUAUGCAUGAGCGAGGAGGAGAGGUGGUUGUCGCAAGUGGAGAUAGUGACCCACGCCGGCCCCCACCGCCGCCUAUGGAUGGGCCCACAAUUCGUCUUCAAGACGUAUAACUUGACAGGGUAAGUAACAUUGUCGAGAAAAAUUUGAUCAAAAAACGUUAUAAUAUGAAAGCUUCGCAAAGACAUCAUAAAGCGAUUUGCUUUUUAAUAAACGACAAGAAUAUAAAACCUUUUUAGAUUCUACAUUAAUAUCAUUAGGGAUAUGGAUGGGUAAUUUUUUCUUAGACAAUAUGAAGAGGGUUUUUGUUAGAUGAAGACCGAUUUUAUAUAUAUAUUGUAUAUUCAAUGUAAUAAUAUAUUUAACAGAUCGAGCUCCUCUUUGUCAGAGGCUGAAACUGUAGAGGUAGAUACAAGUGCGGCCCGGGGUGUUGCCCGCUCGAAUCCUGUCAAUAUGCCCGGAGUACGGCCAAUAGUUCCUGUGCUCAUCGAUUCGGGCUCUGCUAGUUCCUUGGAGCACUCUCCUUCAGAUAGUUUCCGACGUAAAUCAUUGCUAUCCGAAAGCGGGCGCGCCGCCUCCCUCUGUGACGUGCAAUUGAAAGAAGACCUCGCCGAAGCUAUGAAAGAGGAUCACGCGUCGUCGAAUUGUGGGCGCUUCGAAGGGGAACCGGAAGAGCUCAGCUCUAGCAGCCUCAGUUCCGCGUCGCGUGCGUCACUCGACCCCCCCUCCCCCACACCGCCGGCAUCGCCUUCACCGCCCUCCUCCCCCUCCCCUUCACACAGCUACAGCGGAGACUUCGUUGUGCACUUCCCAGGUGACCAACACAAAUUUGUCAACAAUUACUAGUGUUAAUAACACCUGGCAUCCAUACCCAUACAUAUAUGUAUAUACUAAAUAAUACUGACUUUUUGUAUGAAACAUUUUUUUUACAUUUUCAUAAACUUUUGUAAUUGGCUUUUAGUGUAAUCAAGAUUGCAAAAUAUAAUUUUAGGUACAGAGGUUUCUGUUAGAACAGAAACUAUGAUGAAACAAAUCUGUAUAACGGAGUUGAGUCGUUGAAAGAGGCUCUAUAAUAGCUUGCGAUUGUUGGUGCCAGGUUAAAUGUGGUCGUUGAUCAUUUGCAGACCAAACAGGAUCUUAACUCUAAUCAAAUACAGCACAAACUUGUCUGUAAACGAUAAACAAAUUAAUGUGAUGAUGAUGUGAUGGAAAUUAUUUAUAUUCACGUGGAAAUAUUUUGGGAAACGUCUUAGACUGAUUUCAGAGCAGUGUCUGCGGAUACACUUACUAGUAGGUAUUUUAUGCGAGGUAUGACGAGAUAUAGUUUCAUAGUAAUUUAGAUCCAUGCGGUUUGCCGACCAAGAAUUCGUACAGACUUCUCUGAACCAGCCUUAAAAAUAAUAAAUUGUGUAUGUCACAAGUUAUUAAAUUAUUAAAACAUUUAGGAAAGUAGUCUACAUAUGUGUUGUGCUUUAAAAUUGUGUGCGCAUAGCACGUAAAAGUGGAACAUAAAAAUAUAUUUUUUGUACGAUUAGUUAUACAAGAAAUUUCGAAUGAAAUGUUUAAAUCGAUACCCAAAACCUUGUUGUCUUUACACAAUACAAAAUACAGUGUUAUUUGAACCUUUCAACCUUGGCAGGACUAGAUAGCUGACAUCUUAAUCUACGACUUUUACUAACAUCAAACUUUUAUUGUGGUAAGCGUAAGUUUAACAUUAACGCAUUCACUAGUGAGUACGUUAAGUAUUUGUAUGGAGAUUUGUAAUUCUUGGUAAUUACCGCUAGGGGCGCUGUGCUGGAUUUUUAUUAAAGCUUAUAGGCCGGAUAUGGUCGUCAUGUUUAUAUCAUCGAAAAAACAAAAGGUCGCGUCUCUUUGAAGGAAAAUGACCUAAAAAUCCCCAGUCUUAAGUAUCCAGGACCUUUCGCAAUCCGGGUAGCUGCCCGAGCAAUUCGUUACCGUUGGCUUCGACUGGUCAUGGCAUCAGAAUAAGGUUUGUUAUUGAAUGUACCUGUGGUGUUCCUUGGCCAUGGUACGAGACAUUAAGUUAACAUAUAUAUUUUUUUUUAUGUAAGCUCCUGUCCAGCGAGGUUGUGUUGUUGUUUUACAACUAACUUUCUAUUGGGUAUCGUAAUGCAGUUUCCAUGU